CGCAGCUGCUUUCGCUUUCCGCUCCCCGCGGCGGCAGGAUCAUGCGACUCCGCGCGGGCUCCCCGGCGGCGCUCCUUCUCCUGUGCUCGGCGCUGCAGCUCCGGUUCCUGCAGGUGUAUCUGCUGCCCUACACUCCCCAGGUGGGGCACCAAUGCCAAAACAGUACGGAAUAUUAUGACAGCACCAUCCAGAAAUGCUGCCGGCUCUGUCCGCCAGGUCAUCGGCUCUUCCAGGGAUGUACUGACAAUGCCAACACCCAGUGCCAAGCCUGCGAGGAGGGCACGUAUACGAAGAGCUGGAGCCGAGGCGACCGCUGCUUUAGCUGCUCGGCGGAAUGCAGAAAUGGAUUUGUGGAGAGGAAGAGAUGCACCCAGACACAAAACCGAUUGUGCUGGUGCCCCUUUGAUGAAUUUUGUACUAUGAAGAUCUCCGAAACCUGCCUCAUAUGUCAACCAUACCAGCGGUGCAAAAGGGGCUACGGAACUGCCGUGCCAGGCACUGAAGAUCGCGAUGUGGCGUGUGCGCCGUGCGCUCCUGGCACUUUUUCGGACGUGGAAUCUCACAACGCCACCUGCAGGCCCCACAGGGUCUGUCAAUCACAACGUACCCCUGGGAACAGGACACACGACGCCGUCUGCCACGAUUCCGUGAUCGUUGGAGGAAGUUCUCCUCCUCCCAGCACGGUGCCUGCAAGGAGCCGGCUUCCUCCACUGACAUCGCUUACCACGUGUUCGAUGGCGGAUACGAAGGAGAGUCAGGGAAACCUGUCAACAAACAUUUCUCACGUGGCUGGUUUACUCGCCGGCGUGACCCUUCUCCUUCUGAUGGUCGGGGCUACUCUCUGUAUCGUAUUUAGAAGAAAGGCCCAGCGUGACAAUGAAAAGAAGGCUUUCUCGCCAAUUGAAAAGGCUUUGGACAAUUGGCCCCAGGGCCCCAGUGCUCUGGGGCAGGAAGAACAGAACCUCCUGCAGAUCUCCACCUCCAGCAGAGCCUCUUUGGAAAGCCCCCUGGGGUCUGAGGAAAGCAGCGGGAUCAUCAGCAACAUUAGCACGGUGGAAGAGGACGAUACGGCGAAUCUUGCGAUACAAACGGAGCCGGGAUCGCUGCUGAAUAACUGCAGCCACUACAGCGUCACAAGCUCAAAGCAAGCAGGCAGCGGGCACACACAUGUGAACGUCAGCUGUAUCGUCAGCGUGUGCAACGCCGACCACAACGUGGAGUCCCUGAACAGUCCCGUGAUUAGAGUUUCUGCAGAUGGUGCUUUGAUGGAAGAAGAUCUCCCCCUGUCCAAAGAAGAGAGUCCUGUAAAAAGGGAGACGAAGAGACAGACAGCCGUCGAGGUGGAGGACAAUAUGGAGGUGUUUGCCUGCGAUGAGAAAAAGGUGCUUCCGCUCAGCAUCCAAGACGUCGGGAUGAAAAUCAGGUGAAGGAGCCAACGGCCUGGCGAUUUGCGAAUCCAUCCUCCUUGGGCAGCUGAAUUGCUUUCUAGAAAGCAGCGUCUGCUCAGUUACAAAAGUGUUAUAUUUUUUCCCCCAGUUCUUGACAGUGGCUCGUGAAACUCAGGUGCUUUAUUUAGUGGGGGCGGGGGGUGGGGAGGAGAGACUUGUGCAGAAAUUAAGCUUGUGAACAUAUUGCACAUAUUGGAUUUGUCGUUGACCAGAUGCAAAAGUGGGUCUUGGGGUCUUGGGAGUGCUUGGAUUGCCACGAUAUUUCUCCAGAUCCGCAACGGCGGUGACUUCGGACUCUAGCGAUCUUCAUUAUUUUCCAAGUCACUUUGGCAAGAAGAACAGCAGCAAAAAGCCUUCCGUGUGAGAGCCGUUAUACACUGUGCCGACCUCUGCACAGGACUGCACCUUUCUCAGCGAGGGGAGGGCCCUUUAAGAAAGACGGAGCCCUCAAGAGCUCUAGGAGGAAAGCUACUCUUCCCAGCAGGCUGUGCGUCCCUUCCAAGAUGGCGCAGGGGCUGAAGAAGGCUCCAUUUCCCUAAAAGGAGCAUCACCCAGUGCUGGGCAAAGCGCAGCAAUGCAUGCUGGGAAUGAUCGCCUUCGCUGGGCGCCCAAGGGACCGGGCAGAGUAUUGCGCUUUGGCCCAAUCUCCACGCAGGCGCAGUGAACUAUAGCUGGGAGCUACCCUUUGGGCUGAUUUUGGACCCUUUCUUGCAGUGAAGAAUGCUCAUACAGGGUCAUGUCUGCAUUCGGCAUUCAGACAUUACGCUGCAUGAGUGUACGGUUGUCUGUACACUCAGACGCCUGUUUGUGUGGAAGCCUGUACACCUGCCGGCAUGGCAAAAGUAGAGCCGGAUACAAGCCCCUCAAAUGCACGGUUCGGAUCGGAGGUGUACUGCUGUACCUGUGUUCAACUUAGCGUGGGAAUAGCUGUACCUGUGUACAGAUCUGUACCCAGGGGCGCACCUGGGUCUUUUUGACCUUAGGCUGAAGGGCUUUGGAUGCCUCUGUCUGCGCGCAUGCGCAGUCGGAACGAUGGAGUGUUGCAUUCCGUGACAUCACGGAAUGCAACGCUCCAUAGGAGAAGGCCGGUCUGCAGGCCGAGCAGACCCACCUCCACCCGCUGCCGGGGUGGUGGCGAGUGGAGCGGAGCAGAGCAGGCGAGCGGCGGCGGCGAAGGGGAUAUAGCGGCGGGUGCCGGGCGGCAGCAGCAGCAGCGGCACGAGCAUAAAAAAAUAAAUAAAUAAAGCGGCGGCAAAGGGGAAAUAGCAGCAGGGCGUCGGGACUCUGGGGGGCAUUUGGAGGCCCCCCAGGAGGCAGGAGGCCACGGACCCCCGCCCUGUGGUCCGUGCCUAAAUGCACCACGGUCUGUUCCUGUGUGCCCUCGUCAUACGAGUGUUGGACAUAAUGUGUGAAUGGGCUUCUUGUCAUCCUCUUAUCCAGCUCCUUGGCUUGGUGGCUCAUAUAAAACCUUCACAGCUCUUGUUUCCCAGCAUCUGCCUUGUUCCUGAUCUUCCUCCCAACAUGCAUGAAAACAGGGUUUUUUGCAACUACCCCGAACCCCAAGGCUGUAGGAAGAGAGAGCCUCGUUUCGUCGUCGGAAGCCUCUGUUCUUCCAACAGCUUUGCACCACUCCAGGCGAAGGCGGCAAGGGUCUGGCGUAGGGAGCUUGAAGUCCUCUGGCGGCUACCCCACCCCCUCGCGGUGUUCCCUCCAACAGGGAUUCCCAGAUGUCGUUGACUACAAUUCCCAUAAUCCCCAAGCGAAAGCCACUACAGCUGGGGAUUCUGGGAGUUGUAGUCAACCACAUCUGGGAACCCCUCUUAGAGGGAACAGUGCCCCCUAGGCCUUACUAUCGCGCGUGUCCCAAGCCACGCCCCCUGUGACUGACAUCAGAUGCAAGGGGCGGGGCCAAUGUCAAGGGCAGGGCCCAUCAGACCUUCCCUUCCCCAGUCUUGAGAAGGCAAGGCAAUGGGCUCCCAGUCAGCGAUCCCAUAAACCGCUGACUGGGGAAGGGAAGCUCGGCCUGGGGUAACGGGUCCCGUUCUGGGAAGUGGCCACGCCCCCUUGAAUCGGAUGCAGGGGGCGGGGCCUCUCCCAUCCUUCCCUGGUCAGCAUUUCAAUGAAUGUCAAUGUCAAUGUCAAUGUCAGUGUUUCAAUUUCAUUGGAAUGCGUACUGGCUGGGUUUCCCCCCUAAGCACAGCUAGCAUUUCAGUGGAAAACUGGCUGGGGGGAAGAGGGAGGCGGUGAGUGGGUGCCUUAGCGGCCCCCUAGAACCUGGCGGCCAGAGAUCCUUGAUCCCCCCUUGCUCCCAUCCCUACGCCCCACAUCUGGCCCAGUACAGGGGUUGCAGGAUAUUAGGCAUUGGGUCCCUUGCUAAUUAAAACGUUUAUUAUGACCUCUUAGAUAUGUCAGUUAAAUGUGAAGUAGCUUUUGGCGUGUCUUGUGGUUUUAUGAAAAUUCACGAGAAUAAAUUAUCCUUUUCAGUGGUGGGGAGACGUGAUUGACACUCAACGGUGUUGUGAGAAAAGGAGGGUCGAAACCGCGACCCUAAAGAAACGGUGCAGAACUUUUAUUUUAUCUUCUGGACAUAUUCAGUGUUUGUUUACCAGUCCACAAGCUAUCCCCAAAUAUGUCCUAAAGAAUUGUACAGAACCUUGCUUUGCCUUUUGACCGUAACCAUGUGUAUUCACCAAUAUGCAAGCACUUUUCAACUUGGCUUUGAUUUUGAGCAUCCAGUGAAUAAAUAAUUCUGUGUUUUCAGCUAGCAAAUUUAGAUUGUAGCUGCCGGCAGCCCCUAGAGAGUGAAAAUAACAUUUUACAUAGCUUGACCAUCUUAUUAUGGCUUCUACCUCAGAAAUUGUGCCAGUGUCUCUGGGGGGGACCAAACCUUGGUUGGGCUCCAGGCCCACAGAGUGGCCAGAUAACCCAGCACAAACCCAAUUUGAGCCCGCGUUGAAUUGGAAUGUUAUGCCUUUGCUUGUCUUGUGUUACGUACAAAUAAAUCUCACUCAUUUCCCGUUA